AUGGUUGCAUAUAGGUAUAAUAGUGAUUCUGAUAAAUUAAUAAGGAUAGAUGUUAAAUUUGCUUUAACUAUAGCACUAUUUUAUCAUCUGGAUAUUAAAAACAAAGAAUUCGAUAUUGGAGCAUUAAUCAAAGCUAUACAUUUGUUACCAGAACUUGAUACAUUAAAGAUUCAUUCUUUAUCAUUAAAUCAAACAAACGUGUUAAAUUUUGAAGAAUUUAAUAUAUUAUAUUCAACAAACGAUACAUGUAAAAUUACAAAAGUAUAUCUUGAAAAGAUGAAUGAUAUUGAAGACUUUAAUAUUUUUUUAAUAGUCUGUCCUUAUAUGAAAUAUUUCAAAGUCGAUGAUAUAAAUCAUAUGGAUAUUGAAUCUGUUUUAAGAUUUAUUAUACAAAAAAUUAAUUAUGAUUGUAAUAAUUAUAUUCAAUUAUUGUGUUUUCGUAUUGUUGCACCAGAUAAUGAAAUAAUUGAAAAAUUAAAUAGAAUGAUUCAUAUUGAAAAACUUCUAUUGACUUAUAAAAUUAAACAUCUAGCUGAGAAUAUCUAUUUAGAAUAG